AUGACCACAGAUGGCCCCGAAAAGACCAGGGCUGACGGGACAGCCGUCCAGGCCGCUCCUUCACCAGAAUCCCAUUAUAGUACACAUAUCGUCUUGACCACCUAUCCCGGGCAAAGUGGCAUAGACCCUGUGCCCCUGAAUUGGGGUGCAGCAAACGCCAAAUCCCGUGGUCCAGUCGUGGUCUCACGCAGCGGGCCAUUGCUCAAGCGACGCAAUGCCAUGGGCGCCCAUGGCGGUAGCUACAGCAUUUACAACGCCCUGGCCAUCGCCGCCGGCGACCUCCCCCCUGACUUCCGUCCAGACUUUAAGAACAGCGAACCUACCUUCAACUUCCCCUGGCAACCUGCCUGGGCCGACAAAGACAAGAUCGUGUCAAUGGACCCCUACGGUCACGACAUCGUCAACCAAUUCCGGGAUGAGUUGAAUGCCGGUUGGGACAUCCGGCCUACCAUGGCUGUGACCCGUGCUAAUAUGAAACUGGCGGAGAUCGGCGAGGCAGUGCGAGACGGACAGCUCGAGGUGGAUGGUUCAAUCGUGGUAGACUCCUCGGGUGAAGUCCGGGUGACGAAGGUCGCCGUCGAGCCGGUGUGGUACCUCCCUGGAGUUGCGGACCGAUUCGGCGUCUCAGAGCCUAUCCUGCGUCGGACGCUCUUCGAACACACGGGUGGCAGUUACCCGGAGCUGAUUACUCGACCGGAUCUCAAGAUCUUCUUGCCGCCUAUUGGUGGUCUGACGGUGUAUAUAUUUGGACCACCCGAGCGUGUGUCGGAUGAGAACGUGAAGCUGGCCUUGCGUAUCCACGAUGAGUGUAAUGGAAGCGAUGUCUUCCAGUCUGAUAUCUGUACAUGCCGACCUUAUCUGGCGUUCGGUAUCCGGGAGGCGAUCCGCGAAGCCCAGAAUGGAGGCAGUGGUGUUGUUAUCUACUUCCGAAAAGAAGGUCGUGCCUUGGGUGAGGUCAUCAAGUACCUGGUGUACAACGCCCGCAAGCGUGGCGGUGACACGGCAGAUAAAUACUUUACGCGCACAGAGAACAUCGCCGGUGUGAGAGAUAUGCGCUUCCAAGCCCUCAUGCCCGACAUCCUCCACUGGCUCGGCAUCAAGAAGAUCGACCGCAUGCUCUCCAUGUCUAACAUGAAACACGAUGCGAUCGUCCAAUCAGGCAUCCAGAUCCUCGAACGAGUCCCCAUUCCCGAAGAUAUGAUCCCCGAUGACUCGCGCGUUGAGAUCGAUGCGAAGAUUAAUGCCGGAUACUUCACGACGGGACGGCAGUAUACUAUGGACGAGCUGGCCGAGGUGAAGGGACGCGGCUGGGAGAAAUGGGAGGAUAUCACACAUUAA